GAGCCCAGCCGGAGCCCCGCAUCCUCAGCGCCAAGUGUUCUUCAUGGAUGACCCCUAAAUCUCGGCGAGCGUCGUGGAGGCACUGAUUGGCCACAGCAUGGGAGCCACGGUGCUUUCCCGGGCCCGACGCGGCCGAGAGGAGGGAGGGAGAGAGGGAGGGAGGGGCGGCGGACGUGGUUCAGUCCGGCAAAUCCCAUUUGACAGAAAAGGCAGUAAACGGGGAAUCUCUCCCUCUCUUUCUUUUGAAUAAAGAAGAAGAAGAAAUAAAGUACCUGUCAUCUUGACAAGUGGCGGAGCGGAGGAGUCAAGGAUUAUAAAUGGUCUCCGCCGGGCCGGUCGCCCCGUGAUUGGGCUCUCCCGCGAUCCGCACCGGGGGAAGGCAUGCGAGGCCAAUGAACAUUUAACUCGGAGCAUAAUUUGCGACAAGCAGGACUGAUGUGUACCCAGAAGGAAUGAAGUAUGGAUGUGAAAGAACGUAGGCCUUACUGCUCCCUGACGAAGAGCCGGCGAGAAAAAGAACGGCGCUAUACCAAUUCCUCGGCAGACAAUGAGGAGUGUAGGGUCCCUACGCAGAAGUCUUACAGUUCCAGCGAAACCUUGAAAGCUUUUGAUCAUGAUUCUUCACGGCUGCUUUAUGGAAACAGAGUAAAAGAUUUGGUUCACAGAGAAGCAGACGAGUAUACUAGACAAGGACAGAAUUUUACCCUAAGGCAGUUAGGAGUUUGCGAACCAGCAACUCGAAGAGGACUGGCAUUUUGUGCGGAAAUGGGGCUUCCCCACAGAGGUUACUCUAUCAGUGCAGGGUCAGAUGCUGAUACUGAAAAUGAAGCAGUGAUGUCCCCAGAGCAUGCCAUGAGACUUUGGGGCAGGGGGGUCAAAUCGGGCCGCAGCUCCUGCCUGUCAAGCCGGUCCAACUCCGCCCUCACCCUGACAGACACAGAGCAUGAGAACAAGUCGGACAGUGAGACUGAGCAACCUGCAAACAACCAAGGCCAGUCUACCCUGCAGCCUUUGCCACCUUCCCACAAGCAGCACUCUGCACAGCAUCAUCCAUCCAUCACUUCUCUCAAUAGAAACUCCCUGACCAAUAGAAGGAACCAGAGUCCGGCCCCGCCGGCUGCUUUGCCCGCCGAGCUGCAAACCACACCCGAGUCCGUCCAGCUGCAGGACAGCUGGGUCCUUGGCAGUAAUGUACCACUGGAAAGCAGGCUUCUCUCGGUCUUCCAGGGAUUUCAACAACUACACUGGUCUUUCUGCAUAUGUGGAGUGUUUCAGCAUUUCCUAUUCAAAACAGGAACAGGAACGACGCCACUGUUCAGUACUGCAACCCCAGGAUACACAAUGGCAUCUGGCUCUGUUUAUUCACCGCCUACUCGGCCGCUGCCUAGAAACACCCUAUCAAGAAGUGCUUUUAAAUUCAAGAAGUCUUCAAAGUACUGUAGCUGGAAAUGUACUGCACUGUGUGCUGUAGGAGUCUCCGUGCUCCUGGCAAUACUCCUGUCAUAUUUUAUAGCAAUGCAUCUGUUUGGCCUCAACUGGCAGCUACAGCAGACUGAAAAUGACACAUUUGAGAAUGGAAAAGUGAACUCUGAUGCUAUGCCAACAAACACAGUAUCAUUGCCUUCUGGCGACAGUGGAAAAUUAGGUGGAUUUACACAAGAAAACAACAGCAUAGACUCUGGAGAACUUGAUAUUGGCCGAAGAGCGAUUCAGGAAGUUCCUCCCGGGAUCUUCUGGAGAUCACAGCUCUUUAUUGAUCAGCCACAGUUUCUUAAAUUCAAUAUCUCUCUUCAGAAGGAUGCAUUGAUUGGAGUGUACGGCCGAAAAGGCUUACCACCUUCCCAUACUCAGUAUGACUUUGUGGAACUUCUGGAUGGCAGCAGGUUGAUUGCCAGGGAACAACGGAACCUCCUGGAAUCUGAACGAGCAGGACGGCAGGCGAGAUCCAUUAGCCUUCAUGAGGCUGGCUUUAUCCAGUACUUGGAUUCUGGAAUCUGGCACCUGGCUUUUUACAAUGAUGGGAAAAAUGCAGAGCAAGUGUCUUUUAACACCAUUGUUAUAGAGUCAGUGGUGGAAUGCCCCCGAAAUUGCCAUGGAAAUGGAGAGUGUGUUUCGGGAACUUGCCAUUGUUUUCCUGGCUUUCUGGGUCCUGAUUGUUCAAGAGCAGCCUGUCCAGUGUUGUGCAGUGGCAAUGGGCAGUACUCCAAGGGCCGCUGCCUCUGUUUCAGUGGCUGGAAGGGCACCGAGUGUGACGUGCCGACUACCCAGUGUAUUGACCCACAGUGUGGAGGUCGUGGGAUUUGUAUCAUGGGCUCUUGUGCUUGCAACUCAGGAUACAAAGGAGAAAAUUGUGAAGAAGCUGACUGUCUGGACCCUGGAUGUUCUAAUCAUGGUGUAUGCAUCCAUGGGGAAUGUCACUGCAAUCCAGGAUGGGGUGGCAACAAUUGUGAAAUACUAAAGACCAUGUGCCCAGACCAGUGCUCUGGUCAUGGAACUUACCUUCAAGAGAGUGGCUCCUGUACGUGUGACCCUAAUUGGACUGGCCCAGACUGCUCAAACGAAAUCUGUUCUGUGGACUGUGGCUCACACGGUGUGUGCAUGGGGGGCACUUGUCGCUGUGAGGAAGGCUGGACAGGCCCAGCAUGCAAUCAAAGAGCUUGCCACCCACGCUGCGCAGAACACGGGACCUGCAAGGACGGCAAGUGCGAGUGCAGCCAGGGCUGGAACGGGGAGCACUGCACCAUCGAGGGCUGUCCCGGUCUGUGCAACAGCAAUGGAAGGUGCACACUGGACCAGAAUGGCUGGCACUGUGUUUGCCAGCCAGGAUGGAGAGGAGCGGGCUGUGAUGUAGCCAUGGAGACCCUCUGCACAGAUAGCAAGGACAAUGAAGGAGAUGGACUCAUUGACUGUAUGGAUCCUGAUUGCUGCUUACAGAGUUCUUGCCAAAACCAACCCUACUGCCGUGGCUUGCCUGAUCCUCAGGAUAUCAUUAGCCAAAGUUUGCAAUCACCAUCUCAACAAGCUGCCAAGUCCUUCUAUGAUCGAAUCAGUUUUCUGAUAGGAUCUGAUAGCACCCAUGUUAUACCUGGAGAAAGCCCCUUCAACAAGAGCCUUGCAUCUGUCAUUCGAGGCCAAGUACUAACUGCUGAUGGAACGCCACUCAUUGGAGUGAAUGUCUCAUUUUUCCAUUACCCAGAAUAUGGAUAUACUAUAACCCGCCAGGACGGCAUGUUUGACUUGGUGGCAAAUGGUGGAGCGUCUCUCACGUUGGUAUUUGAAAGAUCCCCUUUCCUCACUCAGUAUCACACGGUGUGGAUUCCCUGGAAUGUCUUUUAUGUGAUGGAUACCCUGGUCAUGAAGAAAGAAGAGAAUGACAUUCCCAGCUGUGAUCUGAGUGGAUUCGUGAGGCCCAGUCCCAUCAUUGUGUCGUCACCUUUAUCCACCUUCUUCAGAUCUUCUCCUGAAGACAGCCCUAUUAUUCCUGAAACACAGGUGCUGCAUGAGGAAACCACCAUUCCGGGAACAGAUUUGAAACUGUCAUACUUGAGUUCCAGAGCUGCAGGCUAUAAGUCAGUUCUCAAGAUCACCAUGACGCAGUCCGUCAUACCCUUCAACUUAAUGAAAGUGCAUCUUAUGGUCGCUGUGGUAGGACGGCUCUUCCAGAAAUGGUUUCCUGCGUCACCCAACUUGGCAUAUACAUUUAUCUGGGAUAAAACAGAUGCCUAUAACCAGAAGGUCUACGGUCUCUCUGAAGCUGUUGUGUCCGUUGGAUAUGAGUAUGAGUCGUGUUUGGACCUGACUCUGUGGGAGAAGAGGACAGCCAUUCUCCAAGGGUAUGAGUUAGACGCUUCUAACAUGGGCGGCUGGACGUUGGAUAAACAUCAUGUCCUGGAUGUUCAGAAUGGUAUCCUCUACAAAGGAAAUGGAGAAAAUCAGUUCAUUUCCCAACAGCCUCCAGUGGUCAGCAGUAUCAUGGGCAACGGACGAAGGCGCAGCAUCUCCUGUCCCAGUUGCAAUGGGCAAGCGGAUGGUAACAAACUCUUGGCCCCGGUUGCCUUAGCUUGUGGGAUCGAUGGCAGUCUCUAUGUAGGGGAUUUCAACUAUGUCCGGCGCAUAUUCCCAUCUGGAAAUGUAACCAGUGUUUUGGAACUAAGCAGUAACCCAGCCCAUAGAUACUACCUGGCAACUGACCCAGUCACAGGAGACUUGUACGUUUCUGACACUAACACCCGAAGAAUUUAUCGCCCAAAGUCACUGACGGGAGCCAAAGACUUGACGAAAAAUGCUGAAGUAGUUGCAGGAACGGGAGAGCAGUGCCUCCCAUUUGAUGAAGCCAGAUGUGGGGAUGGAGGGAAAGCCGUGGAAGCGACGCUUAUGAGUCCCAAAGGAAUGGCAAUUGAUAAGAAUGGAUUGAUCUACUUUGUGGAUGGAACCAUGAUUAGAAAAGUGGACCAGAAUGGAAUCAUAUCAACUCUUCUGGGCUCCAAUGACCUGACCUCAGCCAGACCCCUGACUUGUGACACGAGCAUGCACAUCAGCCAGGUGCGUCUGGAAUGGCCCACUGACCUAGCCAUUAACCCCAUGGAUAACUCCAUUUACGUCCUGGAUAAUAACGUCGUGUUACAGAUCACUGAAAACCGUCAAGUUCGCAUCGCUGCUGGACGGCCCAUGCACUGCCAGGUUCCCGGGGUGGAAUACCCUGUGGGGAAGCAAGCAGUUCAGACAACCCUGGAAUCAGCCACCGCCAUCGCCGUGUCCUACAGCGGGGUCCUAUACAUAACCGAAACGGAUGAAAAGAAAAUCAACCGCAUAAGGCAGGUCACAACGGAUGGCGAAAUCUCCCUGGUGGCUGGAAUUCCUUCAGAGUGUGACUGCAAAAACGAUGCCAACUGUGACUGUUACCAGAGCGGAGAUGGCUACGCCAAAGAUGCCAAACUCAAUGCCCCAUCCUCACUAGCGGCUUCCCCAGACGGCACACUGUAUAUCGCCGAUCUGGGCAAUAUCAGGAUCCGAGCCGUGUCAAAGAAUAAGCCUCUGCUGAACUCCAUGAGCUUUUAUGAGGUCGCCUCUCCCACGGAUCAGGAGCUCUAUAUCUUUGACAUCAAUGGUACCCACCAGUAUACUGUAAGCCUAGUCACCGGCGACUACCUGUACAACUUCAGCUACAGCAACGACAACGAUAUCACAGCUGUAACAGACAGCAACGGCAAUACGCUUAGAAUCCGGCGGGACCCAAAUCGGAUGCCAGUUCGGGUGGUGUCUCCCGAUAACCAAGUGAUAUGGUUGACAAUAGGAACAAAUGGAUGCUUGAAAAGCAUGACUGCCCAAGGACUAGAGUUAGUUUUGUUUACUUACCAUGGCAACAGUGGCCUAUUAGCUACGAAGAGCGAUGAAACUGGAUGGACAACAUUUUUUGACUAUGACAGUGAAGGUCGUCUGACAAAUGUCACAUUUCCAACGGGAGUGGUCACAAACCUUCAUGGGGACAUGGAUAAGGCCAUCACCGUGGACAUUGAGUCAUCCAGCCGGGAAGAAGAUGUCAGCAUCACAUCAAAUCUGUCCUCAAUCGAUUCCUUCUACACCAUGGUUCAAGACCAAUUAAGAAACAGCUACCAGAUUGGUUACGAUGGCUCACUCAGAAUUCUCUACGCCAGUGGCCUGGACUCCCACUACCAGACGGAACCGCACGUUCUGGCUGGCACAGCGAACCCCACAGUGGCCAAGAGAAACAUGACUCUGCCUGGAGAGAAUGGCCAGAACCUGGUGGAAUGGAGAUUCCGGAAAGAGCAAGCCCAAGGAAAAGUUAACGUCUUCGGUCGAAAACUUCGGGUUAACGGCAGAAACCUCCUUUCAGUCGACUUUGAUCGAACAACCAAGACGGAAAAGAUCUAUGAUGACCACCGGAAAUUUCUGCUGAGGAUCGCCUAUGACACAUCAGGACACCCAACGCUCUGGCUACCCAGCAGCAAGCUGAUGGCCGUCAACGUCACCUACUCCUCCACCGGUCAAAUUGCCAGCAUCCAGAGAGGAACGACUAGCGAAAAAGUAGAUUACGACAGCCAGGGAAGGAUUGUGUCCCGGGUCUUUGCUGACGGUAAAACUUGGAGUUACACAUACUUAGAAAAGUCCAUGGUUCUCCUCCUGCACAGCCAGCGCCAGUACAUCUUUGAAUAUGACAUGUGGGACCGCCUGUCGGCCAUCACCAUGCCCAGCGUGGCCCGCCACACCAUGCAGACCAUCCGCUCCAUCGGCUACUACCGCAACAUAUACAACCCCCCGGAAAGCAACGCCUCCAUCAUCACUGACUACAAUGAGGAGGGGCUGCUUCUGCAGACGGCUUUCCUGGGUACCAGCCGGAGGGUCUUGUUCAAAUACAGAAGGCAGACCAGGCUUUCAGAAAUUCUAUAUGAUAGCACCAGGGUCAGCUUUACGUAUGAUGAAACAGCUGGAGUCCUCAAAACAGUAAACCUCCAGAGUGAUGGUUUUAUUUGCACCAUUAGGUACAGGCAAAUCGGGCCCCUGAUUGACAGGCAGAUUUUCCGCUUCAGUGAAGACGGGAUGGUAAAUGCAAGAUUUGACUACAGCUAUGACAACAGCUUUCGAGUGACCAGCAUGCAAGGUGUCAUCAAUGAAACUCCACUCCCCAUUGAUCUCUAUCAGUUUGAUGACAUUUCUGGCAAAGUUGAGCAGUUUGGAAAGUUCGGAGUCAUAUACUAUGAUAUUAACCAGAUCAUCUCCACAGCUGUAAUGACAUACACAAAGCACUUCGACGCCCACGGCCGCAUCAAGGAGAUUCAGUAUGAGAUAUUCAGGUCACUCAUGUACUGGAUUACAAUUCAAUACGAUAACAUGGGUCGGGUGACCAAGAGGGAGAUCAAGAUAGGGCCCUUUGCCAACACGACCAAGUAUGCUUAUGAAUAUGAUGUGGAUGGACAGCUCCAAACAGUUUACCUAAAUGAAAAGAUCAUGUGGCGUUACAACUAUGAUCUGAAUGGAAACCUUCAUCUGCUGAACCCGAGCAACAGUGCACGGCUGACCCCUCUGCGCUACGACCUGCGAGACAGGAUCACUCGCCUGGGUGAUGUUCAGUACCGGCUCGAUGAAGAUGGCUUCCUGCGCCAGCGAGGCACAGAGAUCUUUGAAUACAGUUCCAAGGGGCUCCUAACCCGAGUUUACAGUAAAGGCAGUGGCUGGACGGUGAUCUAUCGUUACGAUGGCCUGGGAAGGCGGGUGUCUAGCAAAACCAGUCUAGGACAGCACCUGCAGUUUUUUUACGCUGACCUAACUUAUCCCACGAGGAUUACUCACGUCUACAAUCAUUCCAGUUCAGAAAUUACCUCUCUUUAUUAUGACCUCCAAGGACAUCUUUUUGCCAUGGAAAUCAGCAGUGGGGAUGAAUUCUACAUUGCCUCUGAUAACACCGGAACACCCCUGGCAGUUUUCAGUAGCAAUGGGCUUAUGCUCAAACAGAUUCAGUACACUGCAUAUGGCGAAAUCUAUUUUGACUCUAAUAUUGACUUUCAGCUGGUAAUUGGAUUUCAUGGUGGCCUGUAUGACCCACUCACCAAAUUAAUCCACUUUGGAGAAAGAGAUUAUGACAUUCUGGCAGGACGAUGGACGACACCUGACAUAGAAAUCUGGAAAAGGAUCGGCAAGGACCCAGCUCCUUUUAAUCUGUAUAUGUUUAGGAAUAACAACCCCGCAAGCAAAAUCCAUGAUGUGAAAGACUACAUCACAGAUGUUAACAGCUGGCUCGUGACAUUUGGCUUCCAUCUGCACAAUGCCAUUCCCGGAUUCCCCGUUCCCAAAUUUGAUUUAACACAACCUUCGUAUGAACUUGUGAAGAGUCAGCAGUGGGAUGAUGUGCCGCCCAUUUUCGGAGUCCAACAGCAAGUAGCCAGGCAAGCGAAGGCCUUCUUGUCCCUGGGGAAGAUGGCGGAGGUGCAGGUGAGCAGGCGCAAGGCCAGUGGGGAGCAGUCGUGGCUGUGGUUCGCCACCGUCAAGUCACUGAUCGGCAAGGGUGUCAUGCUGGCCGUCAGCCAGGGCCGCGUGCAGACCAACGUGCUCAACAUCGCCAACGAGGACUGCAUCAAGGUGGCAGCCGUGCUCAACAACGCCUUCUACCUGGAAAACCUGCACUUCACCAUCGAGGGCAAGGACACGCACUACUUCAUCAAGACCACCACGCCCGAGAGCGACCUGGGCACGCUGCGUUUGACGAGCGGCCGCAAGGCGCUGGAGAACGGCAUCAACGUGACCGUGUCGCAGUCCACGACCGUGGUCAACGGCAGGACUCGCAGGUUCGCCGACGUGGAGAUGCAGUUCGGCGCGCUGGCGCUGCACGUGCGCUACGGCAUGACCCUGGACGAGGAGAAGGCGCGCAUCCUGGAACAGGCGCGCCAGCGCGCACUCGCCCGGGCCUGGGCGCGUGAGCAGCAGCGUGUGCGCGAGGGCGAGGAGGGCGCGCGCCUCUGGACGGAGGGCGAGAAGCGGCAGCUGCUGAGCGCCGGCAAGGUGCAGGGCUACGACGGGUACUACGUACUCUCGGUGGAGCAGUACCCGGAGCUGGCCGACAGCGCCAACAACAUCCAGUUCCUCCGACAAAGCGAGAUCGGCAAGAGGUAACCCCCGGGCCGCCCUUGCUGCUGCCGAGACCCCCCUCCCUCCCUCCAAACUGGUUUGCUGCAUUUCUCUUGAGCCUAAACCACACAUUUUUGUGCAGAGUUUUCUGUAGCACAAAUCCCAAUCGGACUCUCCAACAUAGAAGAGCCUUCCAGGAGAAUGGUACUAUUAAAAAAAAAAAAAGAUAAAAAAUUAAAAAAAGAAAACUACACACAAAAGCAACUUUUUUUCUGAAUGACCUUCAAGGUGAUCGGCUUUAAAGAAUAUGUUUACAUAUGCAUUUCGCUGCACUCAGAUGGACUGAAAGUAUUAAGAGGAAAAACAAA